CAGUCUUAGAGCACCAGCUGGUGAGCAAUGCAAGGAGCAGUCGUGUAACCAACUUACAUCGUCUUCAACAUGAAGAUAGCUGCAGUGCCAAUGCUUCUGACCCUGGCUCUUUGCCUCAUACAAGAUGCUGCCAGUGAAGGUGAAAAUCAGGAAACAUGCAAUGAAUAUAGGCCACUGAUGAAAGAUGGAAAACUGUUCUGUUCCCGAGAUAAAAACCUUUUUCAAAGCUCUGAUGGAAUAGUGUUCAUCAACAAAUGUGCCACAUGCAAAAUGAUAUUAGAAAAAGAAGCAAAAUCCCAGAGAAGGGCCAGGCAUUUAGCAAGAGCCAGGGCUACUGCCCCAGCAAAGGAUAUAUGUAGUGAUUUUCGGCCUUAUGUGAAGGAUGGAAGACUUGGAUGCACAAGGGAAAAUGAACCAGUUCUUGGUCUUGAUGGAAGGACACAUGUCAAUAAGUGUGUGAUGUGUGCUGAGCUAUUCUUAAAAGAAGCUGAAGAAAAUGCCAAGCGAGAAGGUGAAACCAGAAUUCGACGAACUGCUGAAAAGGAUUUCUGCAAGGAAUAUGAAAACCAAGUGAGGAAUGGAAGACUUUUUUGUACACGGGAGAGUGAGCCAGUCCGUGGCCCUGAUGGCAGGAUGCAUGGCAACAAAUGUGCCCUGUGUGCUGAAAUUUUCAAACAGCAUUUUUCAGAAGAAAAAAAUAAAGCAGAUGAACACCUGAGAAAGGCUAAAGAAAAAGUUAAAAGAGAAACUGAGAAACUCUGCAGUGAGUAUCAGGAUCAUGCAAUGAAUGGAAUCCCUUUCUGUACCAAAGAAAAUUACCCUAUUCGUGGCCCAGAUGGGAAAAUGCAUGGCAACUUGUGUUCCAUGUGUCAAGACUUCUACCAAGCAAAAGCUGAAGAAAAGAAAAAGGCUGAAGCAAAAGCAAGAAGUAAAAGAGAACCUGGAAGAGUAGACUCAUAUGCACCGUGCAGACCAUACCUCAAGUUUAUGACAAAUGGAAUACUCCCCUGCACCAAAGAGAUUAACCCCACCAAGGGCCCAGAUGGGAAAAUGUAUAACAGCCCCUGCUCCAUGUGUGCGACUAUGCUCCAAGCAGAAAAAAAAGAAAAGAAAAACAGGGAAGAUGAAUCAAAAAAUAAAAGGCAGUCUGAGAAUACAUCUUCCUUUGAGGAGUUGUGCAGGGAAUACCGCAAAUCCAUGAAGAAUGGACACCUUCUUUGCACUAGAGAGAACGACCCCAUCCAGGGCCCAGAUGGGAAGGAGCAUGUCAACCUCUGCUUCAUGUGUGAGGCUCUCUUUCAACAAGAGGAAAGAGCAAGAGCAAAGGCUAAAAGACAAACUGCAAAGGAGCUGUGCCGUGAAUAUCGUAACUAUGUGAGGAAGGGACGUCUUCCCUGCACCACAGAGAAUGACCCCAUCAAGGGCCCAGAUGGGAAAAUCCAUGGCAACACCUGCUUCAUGUGUGCGGCCUUCUUCCAGCAAGAAGCAAAAGAAAAAGAAGCUGAAUCCAAAAGACCUAAGAGAGGAGCUGAAAAGGAUACAUGCAGUGAAUUUCGGCGCCUUCUGAAAAAUGGAAGUCUUUUCUGCACUCGAGAAAAUGAUCCUGUGCGUGGCCCAGAUGGCAAGACCCAUGGCAACAAGUGCGCCAUGUGCAAAGAAGUCCUCCAGAAAGAAGAUGAAGCAAGAAAGAGAAAAGAAAAGGAGAGAAAAGAAAAGGAAGAUCAGAGAAAAGCUGUACGGAGUGGUUUCAAACGUGGCAGAAGAGGGAAAGCUCAGGACCAAUGUGCUGAGUAUCGGAAACAAAUGAAAAAUGGACCACUCAGCUGUACUCGGGAGAUUGAUCCUGUACGCAAUGAAAAUGGCAAAUCAUACAACAAUAAGUGUGCCAUGUGUAAAGAGAAACUGCAAAAAGAAGCAGAGGAAAACAAAAAGAAUGCUCGGAACAGAUCAAAUGGGAAUGAAUCAGCAUUAGGAAAGGAUGUAUGUGAUCAGUUUAGAAGUCAAAUGGAAAACGGACAACUUACUUGCACCCAAGAAAGUGACCCUGUCCAGGGUCCAGAUGGCAGGACACAUGGCAACAUAUGUGCUAUGUGUAAGGAAAAACUGGGAAGGGAAGCAGCCAAAAGAAAAACGAAAGAGCAGGACUACAUGAUAAACACAGUUGAAAAGAACAAUGGAAAAGAGAACUCUGAGAUGUGCAAACACUACCGAGUAUUACCCAGGAUGGGUUACCUUUGUCCAAUGAAUUUACAGCCUGUCUGUGGUGAUGAUGGCCAGACAUACGGCAAUCCUUGCAGGCUCUGUCAUGAAAAUCUAAUACGCCAAACUAAUAUACGCAUACGCAGUGAAGGAAGGUGUGAGGAGAGCAACCCAGAAACAACACCUCUCAGCAUGCCAGCAUCUGUCAAAUGAUGAAAGAGUUGGUGAAAGCCAUGAGGGAAAAUGUGUAUUCCAAUUCUGAAUUGCCUACCUUCACCAUCUGUAUAUACAAAGAAUUCUUCAGAGCUCGUCUUAUUUACUAUAGAAAACAAUACAGAACUGUUGGGGGAAUGGACUCACUGACUUUCAGUCUUUUCCAUCUCUUUCCUCCUAGAUUCUGUGAUCUGAGGGCACAGAGACAUCUUCACCCAGUCUGUGCUGUAGAAACCUCCUGAUCACAAUGCUGUCUGUCCAACUGCUUGUUCAAUAAAAGUAAACCCCGCAGAACGCCA